GGCCGCGGCGCACCCACGGCGCUCUGCCACUUGUACCCAGUCCUACAGCCUCAACAUGUCGGAGACCGCUCCAGCCGCUCCCGCCGCCGCCCCCCCGGUGGAGAAGACCCCGGUGAAGAAGAAGGCGGCCAAAAAGCCCGCAGGGGCGCGCCGCAAGGCGUCUGGCCCCCCGGUGUCGGAGCUGAUCAUCAAGGCCGUCGCCGCGUCCAAAGAGCGCAGCGGCGUGUCCCUGGCGGCGCUCAAGAAGGCGCUGGCGGCCGCGGGCUACGACGUGGAGAAGAACAACAGCCGCAUCAAGCUGGGCCUCAAGAGCCUGGUGAGCAAGGGCACCCUGGUGCAGACCAAGGGCACCGGCGCCUCGGGCUCCUUCAAGCUCAACAAGAAGGCGGCCUCCGGCGAGGCCAAGCCCAAGGCCAAGAAGGCGGGCGCGGCCAAGCCCAAGAAGGCUGCCGGGGCGGCCAAGAAGCCCAAGAAGGCUGCGGGGGCCAGCGCCCCCAAGAAGAGCGCCAAGAAGACCCCCAAGAAGGCGAAGAAGCCCGCGGCGGCGGCUGUCGCCAAGAAAGUGGCCAAGAGUCCGAAGAAGGCCAAGGCUGCCAAGCCCAAGAAGGCGGCCAAGAGCACAGCCAAGGCCGUGAAGCCCAAGACUGCCAAGCCCAAGGUUGCCAAGCCCAAGAAGGCUGCGCCCAAAAAGAAAUAGGUUGUUGGACGUCUGCUUCUGAAACCCAAAAAGGCUCUUUUCAGAGCCACCACCAUCUCCGAGAAAGAGCUGGGCAUUCUCUGCGCAUCCUAUUCCCUUUUCUCCUUGAACUUUCAGCUCUAAGAUAAGGGCUGCGGGGGUGUGGUUGGUAACCUAGGCCUUAACGCUAACCCGAGAAGGGCGGGGGAGGAGGUCUCGGCGCGGCCGUGGGGCUUGUCCCCUGCCCUGCGGUGCCCCGGUGGCCUCUCCCGCGGCGGUGCGGAAGCGCUGUCCCGAGGCGCGCACUCGUCCGGAGCCCCGCCCCGCGCCGGGUACAUCGAAAACAACCACAAAUCAAGCCAGCCAGUUUGUCUUCAGGAAUACCCCGAUUGGGUUGGAAAGUCAUUUAAAAGUCCCGCCCUGCUCGCGGGUUGGCCCACUCCUCCAGCCCGUGGUCUUCGUCGCGUGUUUCAUUGGGUGGCGUCCGGCCUCGGGUGUAGUCUGUCUUUUGUUUCGGGCGGGUUGAACUGGGCCUUUGCGGUUGAUAAACAGGUAUGGAUUUUAGACACUUACCGUGUUUGGGAAAGUGAAGUUGGGGUGUCCGGGGGCAGUCCCCGGCCCGGGAGGAGAGGGCGCAGGCGCCUGCGUCCAGCGCUCCGCUGUGCAAGCCGGUGCGCCGCGGCCCCCAGGUACCUCGCCGGGACCGCGCGCAGAGGCGGCGGCGGCCCUGCCCGGGCGCACGGCCCCACCCGCGCCCUCCCGCGCCUCGCCUCGCGUGCCUUUGGACACAGGUGUGAUGGAUUUCAGGGCAUCAGAAACCGCUUUUCGUCGGCCAUUUUGUCUGGCAGCGGGUCCCGAGCCUCAUUUUAGGCAGACGUCAACAUCUGAAAGCCGGAGACGUUUUAAAUCAUUUCUGUGCGGCGGUCCCAAGUCCAACAGUUUCGACGCCAGGAACAAAAUAUGGGUAAACUGUUUGGAAACGUGUGCGUGGGCGGGGGGUGAUGCCUAACGAAGGGCUUUCGUCUGUAUUCACGGUGUUAUCUGCGGUUCCUUGAUAUUCAUGGCGUUUCUUCCGGACAGAGUCCUAGUCCUGCUUCUAUUUUGGUGAACACGGAUUUUCUUACGUUCCAGGAACUCGGGCUUCUGGGACCCGCUGCUCAGUUUUCGUCCGUUGCCACGAUGACGGAACUAGCGGUUAAUUAAUCUAGAUUCGUUCCCGCAUUACUGGCAGCGAUCACGGGUUUCCUCCCUACCCUCCCACGGAAUGGGGACACUUUAGUGUCCGUUGUCAAGAGUAGAACGACCUCCUCCACUUUCAGGGCGCAGCGCGCGCGCACACACGAAGACAAUUUUCCAUAAAUUACACGAAGUAAUUUUUGUGCUGUUAGUUUCACAUUUAAAACCAUGGACCCCUCUGUAUUUCGUUGUAAGGUUUAAUAAAUGUAUACAAUCCUUCCGUGUCUUCCCCCUGUCCCCUUCCUGCCCCACCCUCAUUUUAAGAUGCCACCUUUAUCAUAGGCUAAAUUCCCUGGGUAGGUGGAAUAAUUCUUGGUUUUCUACUUUGUUCCUUUGGUCUCUGUCAUUCCUCAAGUGUGAUCACACUAAAUAUUGCUCACAGGACUAUUUUCAAUGCUGAGAAUACAUGGCCUAUAGUAGGUAUUAAAAUAAAAGUUGAAUGUUUAAUAAA